AUGAGGACUGUGGCUCAAAAGAUGCUCCAGACCUGCAACAAGCUUUUCUCUAGGUAAAUUUACAACAAUGCGUUUUUCACUUUUAAUGAUUUUUGAGUUGUAACUGUAGCUGUGCACAGGGGCGCCACACGGGGAAACAAUGCAGGGACGUAUUUAAAGUGAACCAGGAUCUGGGGGGAUUAGCCUCGAACAAUGUGUGGAAGUUGCCAUAGUAAUGGUUCCAAGGUGCAGUGUGUAAUGUUAACUUGCCUCUAGAAGAAAAGACUGAAUAACAUGUUUGUAAUUUAAAUUGGCUGUAAUUAUCAUCAUGCCAGAGGAGCUUUUUGUCCUCUUGAGGCCACCAUCACUUCUGGAGAGUGAGCAAGGAAGUGUUCGGGCUAGAUUCGAUUGGUAGAUAUUAUUUUACAUACUUUUACCUUGUACAAAAUCAACUUUAUUGCUGACAUAAAACUGCUAAAUUACUUCAAAUUGCAACCCAGGAAUAAAUUUAGUAUACCUGUAUAUUUUUUUCUAAAUUCAUAAUGUGUUACUGGCUAUAAUUUCCAUAAUUAUUUGAUUUGAAUGUGCAUGAGUUAAUGGGUUAAUAGUACAUUUUUAAUUGCAAUAUUUUCGUCAGAUUAUUUUUUUUUUUAACAAUUUAAAAAGGGUAAUCUGGCGUAAAAUUAAUUUAGGGUCAAACACACCAUAACACAGAGUUAGACACCCCCUCGAGAGAUGAAUGUCGCCGACCGCCACAGCACUAGCCACCAAACAUCUUUUUAACUUUGCCUGAUUUCUUAAGCAAAGAGACUAAACACAACUCACCUACUCUCUUCCAGCAGCCACUUGUUUGUAUGGAGACUUCCAGGUGAAUCCAUCGACUGCAGCUCAAGGAAGAACAUUCAUGAUAAUUUCCUUAUCAUUUCCUUGAAGUAAUAAUCAUCAUAUUAAUCAUUUUGCGCUGCAGAUGUGGUAGUUCUUCUGCCUUAGCAUCUCGGUCUGAUUGUAUUUCCAUGAAGAAAUGAUCAUAAAUGUUCUUCCUUGAGCUGCGUCACCCUGCUGUAGUCCGUAAUAAACUGACUUGAGGUCCGCAGCAGUCUGAAAUGGACUCCCCCAGAGAUCUCACUACAAACAAGCGGAUGCUGGAAGAGAGUGGGUGAGUUGUGUUUAGUCUCUUUGCUCAAGAAAUCAGGUAAAGUUAAAAAGAUGUUUGGUGGCUUGUACUAUGGCUGGGACCCUAUAUGUACAGUUGAUGAAGGUAGGUGCUGUUCUGAGCAUUAUUUGUGGAUAUAGAGUGGCGCUUUGGUUGAGCUAUGUAUAUUGAUAUUUGCAGGGUGUCUAACUCGGUGUUACGGUGUGUUUGACCCUAACUUAAAUUUAUGCCGAAAUAUCCCUUUUAAGUUAGCUGGACAGACCUCUCAAAAAUAUGGAAAUAUUUUACUUGGCAAAAAAAAUUCUGUCUACAAUUAUUUGAUAAAAUGCUCACUUUUGUUUAGUGACUUUGUUUCUCAUUUCUUAGACAUUAUUAAACUGUUGUAUUUUGUCAAAUGCACAAAAGCGAAAAGAAAAUUUGCAUCGAUUCGCAGUCUUUGUGAUUUUAAGAUAAACUUGUACUCAUGACAUUUUUUGUUGACCUUCAAUAUUCCAGUUUGUACUCAAAACCUGUUAUCUAAGCUGAACAAUAUGAGGGUAUAAGCAAACCGUUAUGACCCAUGCCCUUUACAGAAAAACACCAAAUGAUGUUUUGGAGGGGCAUCCGUCCAACAUCGAGACAGCGGCACAGAUGGACAACAUCCAACAUUUCUCCAGCCCUCCCAAUCCUUCCUGUGUGGAGGCUGCCAGAGAACACGCUCACCAUGUGGAGGCGGUGAUAGAGAGAGCGCACCAUGGGGGUGGAUGGCUCCUGUCGGGCAUCAUCUGCAUCAACAUCCUGAUCUUAGGCUGUGCUCUGGUCAGCGGCAGCGCCUUCAACAGCGUUGCCAUUACAGCUGUGCACAGGCAGAUCUUCCUCAUCAUCCUCCUCCUCCUCACUAUGCUGUGGAUGCUGUUCUACACGGUUGUUACUUCUCGGAAAGAGCAAGCAGUCGUGUUCAAAGAUAGUCAUGCAGGGCCUGUGUGGCUGCAAGGUGGAAACACUCACUUUUUAGUACUUUUAUUUUAGAGAAUUGAAAUUUAAUUGAAUCUCAUACGUAUUUCUCUUUUUAUUUCUAGCUGGACUUGUGCUCUUUGGACUCCUCAGUCUCCUCAUGGAUAUCUUCAAGAUGGCCACCUAUGUGGGCUACCUUCACUGCGACUCUGCGGUCAAAGUGGCCUUCCCUGUUGUGCAGGCCGUGUUUUUGUUUGUUCAGGUUGUUGCACUUUACAAACAUACACAUUGCAAAAGCAUGCAGUCUUAAGCCAAAAACAUACAGGAUCUGUGUUGAGGGCGUUUCAUGAGCCUUGCAUCUCUGCUUCGUUGAAGAAGCGCUGUCUAUCACAUACAGGAUGCGUAUUAUUUGGAGCGUGGCGGCAACGUAGUGCAGCCCUGGGCUCAGUAUUGUUUUAGUAGGUUGUUUUGCUUUUCUGUGGUCUAUUACCUGCUAAUUUUGAUAUAAUUCAGUGACCGUUGAGCCUCUACCAUAUGUGAAAAAGCAACAUGAUUUUACCGUUUAGUUUUUUACAGUUUCUUGUGUUUGAUAACGUAAACUUUUGUUUCUUUUAUCCUAAACUCCUGUUGGGGUCCACAUGGAUCAGGGAUUGACCAUCGGAUUGUUCUGUGUUACGGAUAAAUCCAUAACCAGGAAGUGUUUCUCAUCUACACGAACUGAUACACAGCCGGGAGUUUGCAUAUGGUGUUACCGGAUGACCUGCGUGGUUUUCAUGCUUGACAUCCAGUCUAGAACAAUCUUCUUAGUUUGGACUGGCGCGUAGAGCAGCAAAAAUAGACUUGUCACGCUCUAUAUGCUUCUGAUACGGAGCUGAUACGCGUCCUUUAUGCGAUGCUCCAUUUAUUAGAAUAGGAACCUGUUUGCUGCGUGAUACGCGACGCUUACGGAACGUGUUCAAUACGGAUCCUUUUUGUUUUAGCCUUUACUUUGAUAGAAUUAGAAAAACUCCUGUCUGUUUUAGACGUACUUCUUCUGGGUUCAUGCCAAGGACUGCGUUCAGCUGCACACCAACUUGACUCGGUAACUAACUCCUUCGCCCACAUAAGGAUCUAUUUUAGUGUUUCAGGGCGCUCAUGGUUUCACCCCUGCAGGUGUGGGCUCACUCUGACGCUUUCGACCAACCUGGUGGUGUGGAUGGCGGCUGUGACCGAGGAGUCUCUUCACCAAACUGAGAUUCCUGAGCUGAAUGUGAACGUCUCACACAAGAUGUACAGAGGUAUUCACACAUCUAUUAAAACUAACUUUUGAUUGUUUGAGAAAAAAGCAACUCAAUCUGAUCUGUCCUUAUCAGCCAGCUAUGGUGAAAAGAAGUGCAAAUGCACCUUCUCGGUGUGCGACACCUUCAAGGAGGCCUUCUACUACCUGUACCCCUUCAACAUAGAGUACAGCCUCUUCGCUUCGGCCAUGGCCUACGUCAUGUGGAAAAACGUGGGCAGGCUCGUGGAUGAUCACAGCCACCACCAUGUCAAAUUCCGUCCAAAGGAAGUGUGUUUUGGACCUUUCAUGGGAAUACUCCUGGUGGUGGCAGGACUCGUGACGUUCAUAAUCUACGAGGUGGACAUACUAAAAGAAGACGAGGGACACAGGAACAGGGCCCUGCUGAUUCAUUUCGUCAUGAAUAUAGUGAUAAUGAGCUUGAUGUCCCUCUCCACCAUGAUCGGCUGCAUCGUCUACCGGCUGGACCACAGGGAGCAUGUGUCCGAGAAGAACCCCACCCGCAGCCUCGACGUGGGGCUGCUGGUGGGAGCCUCCAUGGGCCAGUUCAUCAUCAGCUACUUCAGCAUCGUGGCGUUGGUGGCAACAAGAGCAAGAGGGUACCUGAACGCCCUCAACCUGUCGUGGGCCGUGCUGACGGUGCUCCAGCUGGGCCUGCAGAACUACUUCAUAAUCGAAGGCCUCAACCGGGAGCCUUUCCACGUGAUGCAGGAGGCGGCUCUGCACACCAACGCUCACGCCUUCCAGGAGCACGCAGAGAUGAGCACCAUAAUAGAUAGCAAUAAGUCAAGCUACUGCCUGACUCCGAGUGAGGAUAAGCCCAACUGGAAGAGGAGGGUGCUGAAGGAAGUCUGUGCCUUUCUGCUGCUCGCUAACAUCAUUGUAAGUUUCACAUAUGCUCCUGUCGUCUUCAUUUAAAGCUCCUCUUUUGAGGAUUUUGGUGCCUCUCCAUGGAAAAAAGAAGAAGCCUUUUUAGUGCUCAUUAGAGAUUAUUUGCUAUUGAAAAUGUAUAUAAAGAGGCAUUUUAAGUAGGACUUAGUGACUUGGUCUGACACCUACCCUCAGCCUGCAGUAAUGACCAGUCCCGCCAUUAAUGGUCUCGUUUGUUUUGACAAUAUCCAUGUCAGCUUUUAAGUUUUGUAAAAUAACAGUAAUCUGUGUUUUAAUCCAGAAUCAUUCAGCUUUUUUUUUUUUUCACUCUUGUUUUUCUGGCAGCUGUGGAUCAUGCCUGCGUUUGGUGCUCGUCCCCAGUUCGAUCACCCCACCGAGAUAAAGUUCUACCAAUUCAAAAUGUGGGCAGCUAUCGUGAAUAUCGGACUUCCUUUUGGGAUCUUCUACCGUAUGCACUCUGUGGCCAGUCUCUUUGAGGUGUACUUAAUUUCUUAG